AUGUCGAGUCGAAAACAAACACGAUUCACUAACGAUGACACACAAGAUCAAGCCUCCGAGGAAGAGAAACAUGUUGGAUUCAAUGAAGCCGAUUUUGAUAAAUUGAGUGACAGGUUGUCAUUCAUGACUGGAUCGACUGGAAAGUCUUCCUUCAAUAUGAACAAAUUUUUCAUCAACCCCAUGGAGCAACGAGAGUUGAGUAUGGGACGAGCAAAACUGAAACGAUACGACGAACGCAUUGCCGCAGAGAUUGACAAGAUCCAUGAAUUGAAGCACCAAAUAACACAAAUCACGCGAGUGAUAGCAGACAAUCAUUCUCACAUAUCCUAUUUACAAAUGGAUGAAGAAGCUCUGAAAUUAGAGUUUAUAAAAGCAAAAUUGGAAUAUGAACUCGAGUGCAGAAAGAGACAAAUGCAUGAGAAGGAAAUUAAGCAUCUCCGAAAAAUUCGAGAAGCAAAAGAAAACGAAUUUCUUCGAAAAGGAUGGAUAUUACAGAAAGAACAAGCCGUUCUUCGCAAACAUGAAUCCAAAACCACAGACAUUGUUCAGCAAGUCACUCGAAUACAAAACGAAGUCGAAGAGUUGGAAGACGAUGUGCAUCACUAUAAGAGUUUGGAUCGAAAGUUGAAAUCCACCAUUCAAAACCAGUUGUGA